CGGACACGGGCACGGCCGGGGAGAGAAUCCCGCCCUGCCAGCGACCAGCCGCACCCGCGGGGCGAUCAGCGCUCUCUGGGCACCCUCCAGCCGCCUCUCCGCCCGCUGCUGGCUGCUCCGGCCGCUCAGGCGGUGGCGGGGCAGCCCGGCGCGGCGCGGCAGCGCGGAAGGCCCGGGGGGCGGGAAGCGGCGGCGCCAUGUCGGUGAGCGAGAUGUUCGCGGGGCUGCAGGCAGCGCUCGGCCAGGACCAGGACAUCCGAGAGGAGAUCCGGAAGGUGGUGCAGGCGCUGGAGCAGACGGCGCGGGAGAUGCUGACGCUGCUGCAGGGCGUGCACCAGGGGCCCGGCUUCCAGCACAUUCCAAAGAAGUGUCAGAAGGCUCGUGAGCACUUUGGUACAGUGAGGACACAGAUGGAGUCUCUGAAGACCAAGUUUCCUGCUGAUCAGUAUUACAGGUUUCAUGAGCACUGGAGGUUUGUGCUGCAGCGGCUGGUGUUCCUGGCAGCAUUUGUAGUCUACUUGGAGUCAGAAACAUUAGUGACCCGAGAAGCUGUUGCAGAAAUACUUGGGAUUGAAGCUGAUCGAGAACGGGGCUUUCACCUGGACAUUGAAGAUUAUCUUUCUGGUGUAUUAACUCUGGCCAGUGAGCUGGCCAGGCUGGCAGUGAACAGUGUCACAGCUGGGGACUAUUCUCGCCCUCUCCGCAUCUCAACCUUUAUCAAUGAGCUGGAUUCUGGCUUCCGCCUCCUCAACCUGAAGAACGACUCCCUGAGGAAACGCUACGAUGGCCUGAAAUAUGACGUCAAGAAAAUUGAGGAAGUGGUUUACGACCUGUCGAUCAGAGGACUCAGUAAGGAGGCAACAGUUGGUACAGGCGGGGAGAAGUGAAGGGAAGGAUGCUCGUUGGAACAGCAUCAUCGAUUACCUCAGAUGGUUGCCAAUUUAGGAAGUACCUAGAGAAGCCUUCCUACAGUAGUUUAGAAGAACUGCAGCUCAACGCUGCUCUCUAUUUUCUUAUAAAAGGUGUAGUACAGAUGUUAGAUGUUUUGUAAAAUCAUGUCUAGAUUAGGACAGGAGACUGUUUCCAGUGGAAUUCCUCUGUCAAACACACGGUGCCACUCUCUGCACAGCAGCAAUAGAAGUCAGUAACUCCCAUGAGCUGAGAUUCCCAUUAGUUCUGUAAGUGUUGCUUCCCUGCUGUCAGGGAAGUGCUGUGGCUGUCUCUGCUCACGUACCCUCAGAGGUGUGUGCACAGCACACAGCUCAGUACUGACAUAUGAGAUCUUCUAAGAAACACAGUGUGUAAAUACUGGCCUUUUUUUAAGAUACAUUUUUUUUCCUUUUUGUUUCUUAAAUUUUCAUCUAUGUAAGUUGAACACAUUUGCAUAACUGUUUAUGAACCAGAUCUCUUUUUUAAUGGUUUCUGUUAACGUACCCCCUGUAAUUGAGAAAUUGGUGAAAAUACUUCUGAGAAUUCCUAUUGGAACUGGUGUCUUGCACCCUAGCAUAUCUCUUUUCUCCUCUCUCUCUCAUAUUUUUUUUUCUUUCCACCAAUAUUUCAGUUACCGGGGAGAGCAAGGUUUUCUUAGGCACCUGCUUUCUCUGUCUAGUAUUUGUUUUACUGGCAUGAGUAAAUGCAGUGUUUUAAAUGAUGAUUUGCCUUGAGAACUCAGUGUAACCAAUUUUUAUGUUUUUUUAACUUCCAAGUUUUCUGAAUAGAGAAGUGUAAACUGACAAACUGCAGGUGGUGUCUGAGUUGUAAUAACCUGUACAGGCCACAGCUGUACCUGUAUCAUGGGAUUAAAAACAAAAAACCACCACGAAACUAUAGUUGGUGUAGUAAAAUGUUUGUAUAUCCAGAAACAGGGAAGUUGCUGCUUUCAGGUAAGUAUGUAAGAUGUUUGCAAACACCAACAGUCUCUUUGACGUAUGGAAGUGGACAGAGUCAUACCUCCCCAUGUGUUCAUUCUCUUCUCCUAAAUGACUUUGAGUUUUGCCAUUCUCCUACUCCUGGUGGUGCAGGAGGGUUAAGGAGAACAGCUAACUUAGGAGGAGGAGGAAUACUUCAGAGGAUGAAUGGGAAUGGUCAAGUUUCUGCGGGGUUUGUUAGCAUUUCGGUUUCUUAGAGAAGAUUUACCACUGAGUUACGGGGUUGUUUUGUUUAUUGGAAGAACAUGGUUUCUUGGUUAUUUUGGCCAAUAAAAGCUGUUCUUUGAUUAUG